UUCAGAAAAAAAUGGCCGCCCCCGCCGGUAGGCUGCUGUCCUUCGGUAAAAAUGCGAGGACACUUCUGGCACCACUGAGGUUGUUGUCAGUUUCUGUUCAUCAGUAUGGUGCUCAGGUGUCUAGUACCGGUGAGAAGAUCACGCACACCGGACAGGUGUACGACGAACAAGACGUGAGGAGAAUGAGAUUUGUGAACAGACCAAAAGAGGUGAAUGAGAACUUUGCCAUUAAGAUGGUGGCGGAGGAGCCAGUGAGCACUGUGGAGACCAGGAUAGUGUCAUGUGAUGGAGGUGGAGGAGCUCUCGGUCAUCCCAAAGUCUACAUCAAUCUGGAUAAAGAGACCAAAACGGGCACAUGCGGUUACUGUGGCCUGCAGUUCCAGCAGAAGCAUCACCACUGAAGCACUGUUUCUGUCCACCUUGUCUGUAGUUGAUUCUU